CUAUCAUCUGUGAAAUUUUAACUUAAAACUUCUCCUAUAUAUACAGAGAAACAAAGAUGCAAAUUGUAUUAGGGAUAAUUUGAACCAAUGGCCCGUUGUUAUAAAAAAACCAAUGGCCCGUGAGUAUAGUUUGAGGGGUAAAAUAAACUAAUAAUAGUUUGGGAGUUAUCGGACUUUGGUCAUCUUAUAUAAUGGAGGGAGUAAUUUAGGUUUUUUUUCCUUCUUGAGAACGCCCCGUCCCUGCAAACUAGGGCCCACAUGUCAGUGUAAACCGUACAGUGAUCACCUUGGCUAAGCUCAGCUCACUGCUCACCUCCUUCCCCGCGCUCAGCUCAGCUCGCUGCGGAGCCCAAUCCGCAAAACCCAGGCAAAACCCCGCCCCGCCAUGGAGCUGCAGCUCGCCCCGCCGCUCGGUACCCUCCGCCUCAUCUCCUCCACCCACCACCGCCCCAAGGUCUCCGCCACCGCUGCGCCCUCCACCUCCUCUUCCUCGUCUUCCGCAGAGCCCCUCAAGCCCCGCCCGCGCCUCCCGCCACAGAGGUCCGCCCCCAGGCCCCGCCCCGGCCCCGCGCGUCUCCCCGCCCUCUGCGCCGCCAUCGAGCGCCACGCGGCCGCGGGCCGCCACGCCGAGGCCCUCGACGCGUUCCGCCUUGCCCGCGCGGCGGGGCCCUUCACGCCGCUCCCGCCCACCACCUACCACGCGCUCAUCUCCGCCGCCGCCGCGCUGCGGGAGCCCGGCGCGGCCGCGGCGGUGGCAUGGCACAUGGAGAGCUCCGGCGCCGAGACGGACGUGUUCACGCACAACUGCGUCCUCGGGAUGUACUUGAGCUGCGGGAUGCUCGGAGAGGCGCGGCGGGUGUUCGAGGGAAUGCCCGAGCGGAACGGCGUCACGUGGGGGAUCAUGAUGGGCGGGCUCGUCGACCGGGGCCGCCCCCGUGCCGCGCUCGCGCUGUUCCGGGAGAUGUGGGCGGAGGCCGGCGGCGGGGAGGCUCAGCCGAGGGCAGUCGUGGUGGCCAUCCGUGCGGCUACGGUGUCCGGGUCGCUGCGAGCCGGGCGGCAGCUGCACUCCUGCGUCGUCAAGAUGGGGCUGUGCGAUGACGGCGAGAGCGGCCGGUACCUCUCGUGCGCACUGCUCGACAUGUACAGCAAGUGUGGGAGGGUGGACUUGGCUAGGCGGGUUUUCGACGCAAUGAUGCCUUAUCAGAGGACCAUCGUGGUGUGGAACUCAAUGUUGGCAGGGUAUGUGCUCCACGGGUGCAGCGAGGAGGCAUUGGAGCUGUACCACGAGAUGCGCAGGAGUGGUGUGGCCAUGGACCAGUUCACAUUCUCCACGAUGCUGGGGGUGUUUGCGAGGUUGGGGCUGCUGGAGCAUGCGAAGCAGGCACACGCUGGCCUGAUACAGAGAGGAUUGCCGCUGGACAUUGUGGGGAACACGGCGCUCGUGGACUUGUAUUGCAAGUGGGGGAGGAUGGAGGACGCGAGGAAUGUCUUCGAGAGGAUGCCCAAAAGGAACUUGAUCUCUUGGAAUGCUUUGAUAGCAGGAUACGGCUACCAUGGCAUGGGGGAUAAGGCGAUCGAGGUGUUCGAGAGGCUGAUAGCUGAAGGUAUUGCGCCAAACCAUGUGACCUUUUUAGCAGUACUGAAUGCAUGUCGGUUUUCUGGUCUUGUUGAUAAAGGGAAGAGGAUUUUCCAGUUGAUGGCUCAAAAUCCAAAAACGAAACCACGGGCUAUGCACUAUGCAUGUGUUAUUGAGCUUUUUGGUAGAGAAGGCCUGCUUGAUGAAGCCUAUUCAAUGAUACGGAGAGCUCUGUUCACCCCAACUGCUAACAUGUGGGGGGCCUUGCUCACUGCUAGCAGGGUCCAUAAGAACAUGCAUCUUGCAAAAUUAGCUGCCGAGCAGCUAUUGGCAAUGGAAUCUGAGAAAAUAAACAAUUAUGCUGUGCUCCUCAACUUGUAUAUUAGCUCUGGUAGACAGGAUGAUGCCUGCAAGGUAGUUGAAACACUGAAGAAGAAGGGUCUAUGUAUCAGUAAUGCUUGUAGCUGGGUCACAGUCAAGAAAAAAGAUCAUAGAUUUUUCUUUAAAGAUAGUUUGCACCCGCAAUGCGCUGACAUAUACAGGAAGUUAGAUACAUUAAUGAAGGAGGUGAAGGAAGCUGGUUAUGUUGCUGAGGAGAAUGAGUUGCUCCCUGAUGUUCAUCCAGACGAGCAGAAUAUAUCGAGAGCUUACCACAGUGAAAGACUGGCAAUUGCUUUUGGCCUCAUCAGCACAUCUCCAUGUGCUCCCUUGCGGAUCACUCAAAGCCAUCGUUUGUGCCUUGACUGUCACAAAAUAAUCAAGUUUUUAACAAAAGUUGCCAAGAGGGAAAUAGUUGUCAGGGAUGGUAGCAGAUUCCAUCACUUCAAACUCGGGAUCUGCUCUUGCGGUGACUACUGGUAAUUGGCUAACCACUCCAGAUAUUCUGAAGCCAAUUCUGUACUGGAAAUAACUUUGAUUAAUGAGGAGAAAGCGGUUUGGUUGAUCAUGAUGCUUCUAUUUCUCUGCACAUGCAUGAGGUGAGUUCAGAGUUCUAUAGUAUUCAAGAUUUUGGAAGAGUAAUCUACAACUUAAUUUGCAUUGAUGUGUCCAUUUGCCCCCUUUCUUUUUCCGUUCUCUUUUAACUGUCGGCAAAACUUUACUUAUCUUGGUAAGCGGAUCUGUAUCCCUUUAUCUCUGUAGAAAAGCUGGCUGUUGUGAUCUGCUAGCUAAAAAUCAUUUUCUUUUGAGCAAACUCAGAUAUAUAGUUUUCCCUGAGUUUCCACAAGCUUUAGAAACCAUGUGUAAAAGCAGAUCUGUAAAAGUAGCCUGAAUAUGUUUUGGUUGGCUUUCACAUUCAAGAUGCCAAUCUUUACUUGUGCCCUGCAAGGAAGGAAUAAAGCUGCGAUGUAACAAAGGAUCAAAGGAAAGUAUAACACUUUUGAGCACCUUGGGACAGCUAGUCUCUUCUUGCUUCUUAACUGCAUCCUAGUUGGAGAACAAAUACCCUGCUGCACUUUUGCUCUUGCCUCUUUAUUCACAGAUUAGCAAUAAAAGGGGUAGCUGCUCGCAAUUCACAACUUCAUUUUAAUCAGGUGAUCUUCCUUCAACAGCUUCUCUCAGCUGGCAGAAGUCUGAGAGCGUGCUACAAUGGCUAAGAUGGGAGCUGCUAUUAUGGUCUGCAUAGUGGUUUUGGCCCUGGAUGUCACUGCUGGCAUACUAGGAAUUGAGGCGCAGGCUGCUCAGAACAAGACUAAAAAGGUGACAGUUCUCUUCAUUCAAUGUGAGAAACCAGUGUACAAAGCAUACCAGCUUGGCCUGGCUGCUGCAAUUCUCCUGGUAGUUGCCCACGCAAUCGCUAACUUCCUUGGUGGCUGUGCCUGCAUCUGCUCUCAGCUGGAGUUCAUCCGGGCAUCCAUUAACAGGAAACUGGCAGCCACUACCAUAAUUCUCUCAUGGAUUGCCCUGAUUGCCGGAUUCUCGCUGCUGCUCGCCGGUGCCAUGUCCAACUCCAAGUCCAAGACGUCAUGCGGGUUCACGCACGGCCACACCCUGGCCCUUGGUGGGAUCAUGUGCUUCGUCCACGGUGGGAUCACCGUCGCCUACUACGUCACCGCCACCGCUGCAGCACACGAAGCUGUUUAGCAGGCGGCUGAGAGUUCGUCGGGGUGCUCAGUGCAAUGCUUUGGCCGGGAGAUCACCAUUAUUCUUUCCUUUGUUGCUUUGCCUUUUCUAUUUUGUGAUUUGGCAUUUGCAGAAACAUAUAGUUAUGUCUUUGUACUGGAGUUAAACGAAAAGGGAAAUAUAUGCUUGUGGUUUGAUUUGUUGCCAUUA